AUGGUACAAUUGGGACUUACUGCACUUGAGCUGGAGGUGUUGCAAGGAACGGGGCGAACUCAAACGCACGACGCCGGCACGGAGAUUGAGUUAGGAUGCAAACGAGAAUGGCUGGAGCUGAACGGAGAAGGCAUUGAUAAUUUCUGGAAAGUCCUUCUUGAGGGAAGAAACUGUGUGGAUGAUAUUCCAGCAAAUCGCUUCGAUACAAACUUCUGGCAUGACACUGACGACAGCAAAUUUAAUGAACUUGAUCAGAAGCUCUUUAAAAUAAGUCAAACAGAGGCCAAUAGUAUGGACCCACAGCAGAAACUUCUGUUGGAGUGCACGUACAAAGCGUUUGAGAAUGCAGGGAUGCCCAUGGAAAACAUCAGUGGGAGUAAAACAGGUGUUUUUAUUGGACUCUCAAAUCAUGAUUUUGAAGGGAUUUCGAACAGUGCUGCCAACAAAAUCACCCAUUAUAAUGGGACAGGGACAGCAACCAGUAUUGCAGCAAAUAGGAUUUCUUUUGCUUUCAACCUUACUGGACCAUCACUGGCUAUUGAUACAGCGUGCUCCUCAUCGCUUGUUGCUUUACAUUAUGCUGCUCAGGCCAUCAAGCAAGGUGAUUGUGAGAUGGCAGUUUGUGGGGGUGUGAGCUGUAUUAUUGAGCCGAGAAUCAAUGUAGCACUCAGCAAAGCAAAAAUGAUAUCUCCAGAUGGAAUGAGCAAACCAUUUUCCAACAAAGCCAAUGGGUACGGAAGAGGCGAAGGUUGUGGCAUUUUGCUGUUAAAGCCUCUCGCAAAGGCUCAGAAGGACCACGACCAUAUUUGGGGUGUAAUAGUCCGUAGUGCAAUCAAUCAGGAUGGCAGAACAGUCACACCUAUCACCAGACCCUCCCAAAAGCAGCAAGAAGAGUUACUGAGGGGUAUUUACCCCAGAAGUGUUGACCCUUCACAGAUUCAAUACGUGGAGGCUCAUGGAACCGGAACACCAGCUGGUGAUCCGAUUGAAGCAGCCAGCAUAUCAAGUGUUAUUGCACAAUCCAGACACUCAGAUUUCCCUCCACUUACAAUGGGGUCAGUCAAAGGAAACAUUGGUCACACAGAAUCAGCCGCAGGAGCUGCAGGUUUAAUUAAAGUUCUCCUCAUGAUGCAUCAUGGAAAGAUUGUACCAUCACUCCACUACUCCAAGGAGAACUCGAGCAUCAAUACAAAAGAUCUGAACCUACAUAUUCCAACUAGUGUAGUGAACUGGGAAGGAAACGGGGAGAAAGGGAAGAUGGCAGGGAUCAACUCAUUUGGAUUUGGAGGGACAAAUGCUCAUGUAGUUGUAAGGCAUUUCAAGCAAGAUUCUGGUCAAAACUCUGUACAAAAACCAUUUGAAAUAUUUGUGCUUUCCACAGUCUCCCAGAAUUCAGUGAGAAUGAUGAUAAAGGAUACAAGUAACCAAAUAAGGGAAAGUGACGAUGUAAUUCUUCACAACUUGGCGUACACAUCUGCAUGUAGAAGAAGCCAUAAGAAUUACAGAUACAGGAAAGCAUUUAUUGCUUCUUCCCUUGGGCAUCUCCAACAGCAGCUUAGAUCAGCUGUAGAUAGUGAAGUGGCUCAGAGCAAAGCUGAUGUUAAAUUGAUAUUUGUGUUUUGUGGCAACGGUGUUUUAUAUCAAGGUAUGUGCAAACAGCUUCUACAAAUAGAACCGAGGUUCAGGGCACAGAUCAAUGAGAUAGACAGGAUGCUCCAACAAUACACAGACAUCAGCUUAAUGGAGUUAAUAGAGAAUGACUGUGAUGACUUGACAAAACCAGACGUAGCACAGCCAAUACUCUUUGGCAUCCAAGUAGCAAUAGUGACUCUUCUGAAGUUUUGGGGAAUUGAGCCUGACAUUGUCAUUGGACACUCAGUUGGAGAAGUAGCUGCAGUAUAUUGUGCUGGAAUACUUUCAUUACAAGAUGCUGUAAAGGUACUUUACCACAGAAGUGCUUUACAAUCAACGGUAACAGGAGGGAAAAUGUUGGUGGUUAGUAAUUUGCCUGUGAAAAAAGUGUCAGAUAAGCUUGAUUCCUAUUCAGGGAGACUCUGCAUUGCUGCAUUCAAUAGUCCCUCAUCAUGCACAGUGUCAGGAGAUGCCGAUGCAAUAGACAAACUGCAUACAGAAUUACACAGUUCAUUUGGUGACAAAAAUGUAUUCCUUCGCCUUCUGGAUGUCCCUGCAGCAUAUCACAGUCAUUUGAUGGAACCAAUUUUAAACCAAGUGGAAGAGAGUAUCAGUAACUUAGAGAAACACGAAACAAAAGUUAAAGUCAUUUCCACUGUUACUGGGAAGUUGGUUGCUGGAAAUGACUGUGUGACAGGAAAGUAUUGGUCCAGAAAUAUGGAAAAACCUGUUCUUUUUGAACAAGCCAUUAGAGCUGCUGUUGAGGAGGUAAAAGAUGCUGUGUUUAUUGAAAUAGGACCUCGAAAUAGGACAUCAAAGACAUUGUAG